GGCGGCUUUCUCGGCCCCGGCUCCCCGCUCUUCCCCGCGGCUUCGCCUCGCUGCCCCGCGAGCGGCUCCCGCGCCGGGCUGCCGAGGACGCUGGCAGAUCCAACCUAAAAAAGAGAGCAUCUCAGCUGUGGUUUUGAUGACACACAAGGAUGGAGCUCAGUGCCUUCCCUGUUGCCGUGUCUCCAGGCGCUGCUGCAAAGAGCCUUUGAGAGCUUUGGGGUGAGAGAGCUGCCUCCAAGAGUGACUCUCCAUUUGAAAACCUCUGCUGAAGGUAAAGGCCUCCCGAUAGAUCAGGCAACCUUAACCAGCACUUGGAAAUCUUGCAUUCAGAUCCCUUGAGGCGUUAUGGCGUUAUAAUCUGUCAUUCAGAGCCUGGACAAGAGUUUAGCACUGUGUUUUUACAGAUCGCUGCCUAUAGUGGAACACAAAGAAAACGACAAGACUCCCACAUCUUUCAGCGAGAAGAAAGGAGUCAGCGGAGCAGACUAAUACGGACUUGUGUCUGGUGGCCUUUUUGCACAAAGGCUGCCUUUAAAAGAGAAGCGCAGUGUUAUUUAAUGAGCUGUGAGAUGAGACGCUGCUGCUGACACUCAGAUUCCAGGAUUCAUCUGCUAUUCAUUGUGCUUAAUGUACAUGUUUCUACACCGUGCAUUUAGAAGAUCCCAGAGAAGAAUCCAAAACGGCUGCGGGGGAAAGACCACCAAACAUGCCUACAGAAACACUACCGACAGGUAGCAUGGUGAAGCCCGUCAGUCCCGCCGUCACUUUCACGUCUGCCGUCCCUCUUCGCAUCCUGAACAAAGGACCCGACUAUUUUCGCAGGCAGGCAGAGCCUAAUCCGAAAAGACUAAGUGCAGUGGAGAGACUAGAAGCUGAUAAGGCAAAAUAUGUCAAGAGCCAAGAGGUCAUCAACGCCAAGCAGGAGCCUGUGAAACCGGCGGUGCUGGCGAAGCCGCCGGUGUGUCCCGCAGCCAAGCGGGCGCUGGGGAGCCCCACCUUGAAAGUGUUCAACAACAACGCAAAGACUGAGAGCGGUGUCCAGAGAGAAAACCUGAAACUAGAGAUUUUGAAAAACAUCAUUAACAGCUCCGAAGGCUCCAGCUCGGGCUCGGGUCAUAAACACAGUUCGCGAAAUUGGCCGCCCCACAGAGCCGAUUCGACGGAAUUGAACCGACACUCGUUCGCCGAAUCGUUGAAGGUUUAUCCCACGCAGGGCCGCAGCAGCCCGCAGGAGAGCAGCUCCAACGUGAGCAGAAGGCUCCUAGACCAGUCGACAGAGACUUUCUUGCAUGUCUCUCACAGCUCCUCAGACAUUAGGAAAGUAACUAAUGCAAAGCCCUUAAAAGCAAUACCCUGCAGUAGUUCAGCCCCACCUCUGCCUCCAAAACCCAAAAUCGCUGCCAUUGCCACCCUGAAAUCCCCAGAGAUUGAGACGGUCGAAUCUGGAUGUGGAGUUAGUAGAAGACCGUCUCUACAGCGAUCGAAAUCUGACUUAAGCGACAGAUACUUUCGUGUCGAUGCAGAUGUUGAACGAUUCUUUAACUACUGUGGACUGGAUCCUGAAGAGCUUGAAAACCUUGGGAUGGAAAAUUUUGCAAGGGCUAAUUCUGAUAUUAUAUCCCUCAACUUUCGCAGCGCAAGCAUGAUUAGCUCAGACUGUGAACAGUCUCAGGACAGCAACAGUGACCUUAGAAAUGAUGACAGUGCCAAUGACCGUGUGCCAUACGGCAUUUCUGCAAUUGAGAGGAAUGCCAGAAUCAUCAAGUGGUUGUAUAGCAUCAAGCAAGCUAGAGAAUCACAGAAAGUGUCCCACGUGUGAGAGGAAGUCCACAGGAGGAAAAGCAAGGACUGUAUCUUUGUCUGUGAAUAUUCAGUUGUGAAGGGUUGUGAAGUCUACUUGAAGUCUUGUACACUUCUCAAAUCUCUUUGUGUUGCUUGUUGUGCAAUGUUUUCAAGUUGCAUGCCUGUCAACAUGUGAACUGACCUGGCUUCCACUUGAACAAUAACUAACUACAAAGCCUGGCUAAGCGUACACAUUAUCUGCCAAAAGUUUAAGACAAGAAUCUAAUUAGGGCUUCAGCAUAAUCAAAAGUGUUUACAUGGAAAGGUUAUAUGACUUCUUUGAUAUUUAUGUAGUUCCUUGUGGAUUUUCUAUGUCACUUUUUGUCUUAAUACAGAUAUUGUCAACGGCUGUUACUAGUUUCUAAGUUGAAUCAGAAUCCCUUUGGGCAAAUAAAAGUAACAUUGGCCAAAAUAAGAGAUUUGGACAUAAAACACUCGGCAGAGCAGCCUGAUCUUUUGCAGAAAGUGGAUUACUGGCACAUGUAAAACUGUUUCUGAAAGGUAAAGAAUGCUGCAUUUUUGUUAAAAUAUAUACGUCCCUACAUGUAGCACGGGGCUGUUCAGUAAGAGUUUUCAUUUUCUAGGUAAGCUCCCUCAGUUUUGCAGCAGUAGUCUAGUGAAUCUGCUUGACAUCUCAUAAACUAAGUGAGCCUUGUAUUUGGUAUGGGGUAAGCAUUUUAGUGGCUUUAUAUUACCCUGUUGGAAAGGUUUAAAGAAGGUCAAAGUCAACAGAUGAAAAUGUCUUGGGUGGGGGACUUUUUUAUUCAAAGAUUCCUGGUCUUAAACUUUUGACAGGAAUGAUUAGCUCCUAUAGCUGAUAUUGAAUGCCUUUAUCAGUCAAAACACAUGACUACCAACUCCAUGCUGUCUUCUAAUUUUUUGUAGACCUGUUUGAACAGUUCAUGAACAAAAAUGGAAACACACAGCCAUAUCAAUAUAAUGCCUCCUAUACAGAAGUAAAUACACUCAGUAGCUGACCUAUAAAUUGUGAUUAUGUUGUCUUGUAUAUGUUAUAUCUAAGGCUGUGAAAGUUUGUUACAGCUCUAGGAAAGUGUAGAAACAUGACAGUAUGUAGCUUGUUUCUUUCUUUUUUUUCUCCCCUCUCUCCUCUCCUUACCAUGGUUAGUGCUGCAGGUCAAACUGUUACAAAUCUUUUGACAAUCUUUGUCUUUCCAGUGGUUUAAUUAACUGUCAUUUCAACUGGCAGUUGUGGUGUGGUAGCAGAGAAGUUGAAAGUACUGUGGUCUGCUUCAUUAUUAUUGUAAACACGCUUCAAAGUAAAUUGCAGCACUACCUUAUACUUCAUCAGCUAAUAGGAAACUUUUUUUAUUGUGUAAAUGCUGUAAGACUUUGUAUAUACUUCAGUUGUUAUGAAAUCUUUAAAAGGAAGAGUGUUAUGCUAAUAAAUAGCUCUUGGUGCAGGUA